UGACGCCGGUCUAAGAGGCCAUUUUGAUUUACUGUCGAUUGACAGUAUAGUAGUGCAAGAAGAAUAAUUACAUUUAUUCUUCUUAAUAUUUGAGACAGACGGGAAAAUAAAAUUUUCAUGAAUGAAUAGGUCAUCGUAUAACAUGGCCCGGUACGGCCAGCGACCGGAAAAUGCCCUUAAACGGGCAAACGAGUUCAUGGAUUUGGACAAGCCUGCAAGGGCAUUGGAUACUUUGCAAGAGGUGUUUCGGAACAAGAAAUGGGCUUACAACUGGUCGGAGUCCGUCUUGGAGCCGAUUAUGUUUAAAUACCUUGAAUUGUGCGUGGAUUUGCGUAAGUCCCAUAUUGCGAAGGAAGGAUUGUUUCAAUAUAGAAACAUGUUUCAAUCGGUGAAUGUUGGAUCUUUAGAACAAGUUAUAAGAGGAUAUCUACGCAUGGCUGAGGAGCGCACAGAAGCAGCUCGAGAGCAAUCCACUCAAGCUGUUAUUGAAACCGAUGACCUAGACAAUCUCGCUACUCCAGAAAGCAUUUUGCUCAGUGCGGUGUCGGGAGAAGAUGCACAGGAUCGAUCUGAUCGGACUAUACUUACACCAUGGGUUAAAUUCCUAUGGGAGUCCUACUGCCAGUGCUUGGAGCUUCUUCGUACUAACACCCAUGUAGAGACUUUGUACCAUGACAUUGCACGCAUGGCAUUCCAAUUCUGUCUCAAAUACUCACGUAAGACAGAGUUUCGGAAACUUUGUGACAAGUUGCGGAAACAUCUGGAAGAUAUUUGGAAAUCUACUCAGGCCCAGCCAGGUAGUGUCAGUAUGACAAAACCAGAAACACAGCAGCUGAACUUGGAAACCAGGCUGUUUCAACUGGAUAGUGCAAUCCAAAUGGAAUUAUGGCUGGAAGCCUACAAAGCUAUAGAGGACAUACACAACCUAAUGAAUAUGUCCAAGAAGACACCAGUGGCUAAAACAAUGGCUAAUUAUUACGGCAAAUUAGCACUUGUAUUUUGGAAAGCGGGUCACUGCCUCUUCCACGCUGCUGCUUUGUUAAAACUCUUCCAGCUGUCUAGGGAGAUGAAGAAGAAUAUAACUCAAGAAGAAUUGCAAAAAAUGGCAUGCAGAGUGUUAGUUGCGGUACUCUCUGUUCCUCUACCAUCACUUCACCCAGAGUUUGACCGUUUCGUCGAGACAGAUAAGAGCCCUGUAGAGAAAGCUCAGAGAUUGGCAGUUCUUCUUGGCCUUGCACAGCCACCUACUAGAGCUAACUUGCUAAAAGAUGUGGUACGUCUGAAUGUGGUGGCGCUGGCGUCGCCACAGUUGCAACAGCUUUACAACUGGCUUGAAGUUGAUUUUGAUCCAUUAACAAUCUGCCACAAUGUGCAAACUGUCAUCAAAUCUCUACAGGAAGAUCCAAAUUCGUCUCUCGCCCAAUACACGACGGCACUAACGGACGUCGCGCUCGUUCGUCUUAUUCGUCAAGUCGCGCAGUGUUAUGCUUGCAUUCAGUUCUCUCGCCUGUUGGAGCUGGCCGGCACUGAUGACUUGUUCCACAUCGAACGACUCCUGGUCGACUGCGUGCGGCACAACGACAUGCAGAUUCGAGUGGACCACGCUAACAAGAGUGUACACUUCGGCGUAGAGGCCGGUGGGGGCGAGUGGUGCUCCGCGGCCGACGAAGCUUGCGGUGGAGCCAUUCUCCAGGCGACUCCCGCUGAACAGGUGCGCGAGCAGCUGGUGCGCGCGGCGGAGGUGUUGUCGCGCGCGGCGCAGGAGCUGCUGCCGGCGCGCCGUCGCGCCGAGCGGGAGCGCGCGCGCCUCACUAUGGUGCAGCACUAUCACGAGAACAAGCACGCCGAGCACCACCGCGUGCUGCAGCGCCACAAGAUCAUCGAGGAGCGCAAAGAGUACAUCGAGCGCCUCAACACCGUGCGCGAGGAGGAGGAGCUCCGUCGCCAAGAGGAGCAGCUCCGAGCGGCGGCCGCGGCCGAGGCGCGCCGGCUGGAGCAGGAGCGAGAGGAGCGCGAAAAGAAACGCCACGCGUCCGAGAUGGCUGCCAUGCGCGAGCGGAACUUGCGUGAGCGACUCGCGCACAUCUCGCAGACCAUGCACGGGAAGAAGGUGCUGCAGAAGCUGGACGAAGAGGAUUUGAAAAAAAUGGACGCAGAGGCGAUCGCCCAACGUGAAGCUGAAGAAUUGAUGAAAGAACGUCGUGAAUUACAAGCUCGCCUCAAGUCUCAGGAGAAAAAGGUGGACUAUUUCGAACGUGCUAAGCGAAUUGAAGAGAUUCCGCUCCUCCAGAAGAGCUUGGAAGAGAAGCAAGUUCAAGACAAAGCAUUCUGGGAGCAGCAGGAGAAAGAACGCAUUGAACAGCUCAUAGAGACGCGCGCGCGCGACGUGGCGACGGCGGGGCGGCUGGCGCGCAUGGCGGUGCACCGCGACCAGUUCAUGGCGCGCCUGCGCUCCGAGCGCGGCGCCAUGCACACGCAGCGCCUCGCCGCCUUCCAGGCCAAGCUGGCGGCCGAGCGCGACGCGCGCCUCGCGCAGCGCCGCCAGCAGCGCGCUGAAACCCGCCGCCAGGAGUGGUUAGCAGAGAAGCGUCGAGUGGAGGAACGUGCUGCCGAGGAGGCGCGACGCAUCGCAGAGGAGCAAGAGAAAAAGGAAAAAGAGGAGCGCGAACGCAAACACCAGGAGGAGCUCGCUGCGCUCAAAGAGAGGAAGGAGAGGGAACACCAAGAAAUGCUGGCCCGUGUGGAAGCGAAGGCACGCGCCGCGGACGCGGAGGUCGCUCGCAAGAUGGACACACAGAAGCCCGCCUCCACCGGCAGCUGGAGACAGGGGAAGGAAACCGACAGGAAGGAGCCCGAGAAGAAGGAGCCUUGGAGAUCAAGCCGUAUCCGCGAGCCGGUGCGCGACGACCGGCCACGCUCUCCGGGUCGCGCUCCGCUGCGGGAUGACAGACGAGAUGAUAAACCUCGUGAUGAACGCGGUCCACGAGAAGAACGUAGUCUCAGGGAGGACAGGCCCCGAGAGGACAGGUCUAGAGAAGAUAGACAGAGAGACGACAGGCCCAGGGAUGAAGGGGGAUGGAGAUCUGCUAACCGCGAGCCAGAUAGAGAUAGGGAGAGAGAAAGGCCGCGCUACGUGGGUCGCACCAGCGGGCCCGACACCGGCACUAGCUGGAGGCGCGGGCCCGCCGACCCUCCGCCGGCGCCCACCGAGCGCUCGUCAGCAUGGCGUUCAAAAGAAGGGGCUCCUCGCGACGAUCGGCGGGAAGUGCAUUCCCGGUUCCGCGAUCCACCGCGGGACCGGGAAGGAUUCAGGGAACGAGAUCGCUUCCCGCCUAGAAGGGAUGAUCGUGACGGUCCACGUCGCGAUGAUCGCGACGGUCCACGUCGUGAUGACCGCGACGGUCCACGUCGUGACGACCGCGAUGGUCCACGUCGUGAUGAUCGUGAUGACCGUGAUGGUCCACGACGUGAUGAUCGCGAACGUCGUCCGCCGCCUCGUCGGGAAGACAAACCCCGUGACCCAGAUGAGUGGCAGCAGGCUACAAAACGCUAAGAGAUCAACUACAGCACUUGUAAAGGGUUCAGCGGUUCUUCAACAUUUAACUAUCUCACAUACCUUUAAAUUAGUUACAAAUUUAAAUGUUUUAAACCACAUUUCUAUGUAGUUAUACCCUUUUUAAGCUAUAUUUUCUUUAUACAUUUUAUAACGCUGUAUGGCAUAUUCUAAUACUAUCAUUCAAGACAUUUAUUCAGCCUUAAAAGCAAUUAUUAGUUUUGUUUAACAUUCACUCAAUAAAUUAUUAUAAUUAAAAUAUGACUCUUUUUUUAUUUAAAUGUUCUAAAAGCUAAAUUGAUUAAUUGAAUAUUUUUCUUAGAUUAAUUUAAAACAUAUAUGAUCGAUUAAUUAUCUAAGUUUCUUUUUGCAAUUAUUAUUCAUCGCUUCCCGCUGAACCCUACUUUUCUUAUGUUUACGCCAUUAUUAUUUAAUCACGUGCAUUAUUAUACACUUCGAAGGUCUACAUGUAAUCUUACGAUACAAAAGUAUUUACAAUAUAAAUGGUUCGUUUUAAAUGUAUUUUCUUUUAUCUCUUUGGUUGAGGACAAUUAAAUUUUAUAUCAUAA